AUGCGGGAGAUGCGGGACAUUCAGGACACGCGGGGCAUGCAGGACAUCCAGGACAUACUGGACAUUCGGGACAUGCAGGUCAUGAAGGACAUGCAGGGCAUGCAGGGCAUUAUGGACAUACAGGACAUGCAGGACAUUCAGGACGUGCGAGACAUACGGGACAUUAAGGACUUCCAGAACAUCAAGGACAUGCGGGACAUGCAGGGCAUGCAGACAUUCAGGACUUUACGGACAUUCAGGACAAAAAGCGGACAUUCAGGUCAUUACAGACAUUCAGGACAUAACGGACAUCCAGGACAUUCAGGACAUCCAAGCGUGGAAAUGGGGUCGAAAGUGAAACGGGACCAAGGUUCAUUAACCAUUGCACAUGAGGGUGUAAGUUUACCCUUACCAGAUGACCAGCUUAAGGAGAUAGCAGCCAAGGGGAAAGACUUUGCUCUCUGUCAUGGAAUUUUAAUGAGAACCAAAGAAGAACCAUACUCCUCAGAGUUAUUGAAUUAUGCCCCAUUUACCCUGUUCCCAAGUCCUUUACCUCGUACCUGCUUUCAAGAUGCUCUGGAUGUCCAGACUUCCUUUAACUACCUCAUGCACCUUGUAGCUCAAGACUAUGAGUUUUUACAGGAAUCGCUUAAAAGUGUUAUAGAAGCAGAUGAUUUUAUCAGCCAUUUAUGGGAUAUUCUGACCACAGUUAGGGAAGAGAACUCUGGACAGCCGAUUGUCCUUAACCUGAACCGAAGUGACUACAUGGUGGACGUGAAGGACCCUUCUAAACCCAGCAUUAAACAGAUUGAGUUCAACACAAUGGCUUCCAGCUUCGGAGGUCUGGCCACCCAGCUAACCUCUGUCCAUAGGUAUACAUUGGAAUUGUGUGGAGUUAUGAAUCAUCAAUCAAACCUUCCUGAUAAUGGUGCCGCCACUGGGCUUGCUCAAGGGUUGGUUGAUGCUUGGAAGCUCUACGGAAAUCAGAGUGCUGCUGUCUUGUUUCUUGUGGAGCCGGUUUCCAGGAACGUGUUUGACCAGCGAUGGCUGGAGAUCAAAAUUCACGCCAUUAACCCUUCCAUCAGGGUGAUCAGGAGAAACUUCAUGCAGAUUUAUGAGAAUGCUGAGUUAACAGAUGACAGAAGUCUGACGAUAGAUGGCAUAGAGAUAGCUGUGGUAUACUUCAGGUGUGGCUAUGUGCCCACAGAUUUCCCCUCCAACAAAGAGUGGGAAGCCAAACUGAAGAUGGAGCGAUCUUUGGCCAUCAAAUGUCCCUCUGUACAGUCGCACCUAGCCGGCAGUAAGAAAAUCCAGGAAGUGUUGGCACGACCAGGGAUGCUGGAGAGGUUUAUCAGAGAUGAGGAAGAGGUCAGGAAACUGAGGAGGACAUUUGCGGGACUCUACACUCUAGAUCUGAAUCCAGAAGGUGACAAAACUGUUGCCAUGGCAAUGAAACAUCCAGACCAUUUUGUCAUGAAGCCUCAGCGAGAAGGGGGAGGAAAUAAUUUAUAUGGAGAUGAUAUCAUCAUGGAGUUGAACAGAGUAAAGAAUACUGAAGAGCGAUCAGCAUAUAUUAUGAUGGAAAGAAUCUUUCCUCCAGCCCAGAAGAAUUACCUUCUCAAGGCCGGCGCGCCAGUUCAGCUGUCUGGUGUUUUAUGUGAAUUGGGCAUUUAUGGCGUGUUUAUAGGGAAUGGCAGUACUGUGGUGGAGAACAGACAGGUUGGUCACCUCCUGCGAACCAAGACACUGGGCACCAAUGAAGGAGGAGUGGCGGCUGGAUUUGCUGGAAUAGACUCACCCUACCUGAUAGACUAACACCAAUGAGGGAGGAGUGGCGGCUGGAUUUGCUGGAAUAGACUCACCCUACCUGAUAGACUAAUCUACUGCGACGUUUUAACAUGUUAUGGAAAACAACAACCAAUUUUAUAAGGAUUUUACAAAUCAAUUUCUCCCCUUACGUUAGUGCAAUGACGUAUAGCAGCAUACAAAUCAUUAUAAGUUAUAUGAGAAUUAAAUUUUAUGAUUGUCGUAGUGCAUUUCAGACUUUUUAAAAUUAUUUCUGCAAAUUUCAAAAGGGGUGUCUGCUCUUGGUGGUGAACUGUUGAUGCUUUACAGAAGGUAUCUGGGAUAUCAUUUCUUGAUUGGUCGAGUUCUGGGGCCAUUUUACAAGUCUUUGCAUUGCAUAUUUCUAAGGUUGUGUAGGUCAUAGUCCCAUAAGGCGACGCCGACCUCAUUUACGAGCAAAAUUAUGAUAAAUAGAUUUACAAAGUUUUGUGAAUGUGGGCCUGCACUGUGAAUGAAUAAGGCGACGCCCACCUCAUUUACGAGCAAAACUAUGAUAAAUAGAUUUACAAAGUUUUGUGAAUGGGGGCCUGCGCUGUGAACGAAUAAGGCGACGCCGACCUCAUUUACGAGCAAAACUAUGAUAAAUAGAUUUACAAAGUUUUGUGAAUGUGGGCCUGCACUGUGAAUGAAUAAGGCGACGCCCACCUCAUUUACGAGCAAAACUAUGAUCAAUAGAUUUACAAAGUUUUGUGAAUGUGGGCCUGCACUGUGAACGAAUAAAUUGAAUGAACACUAUUCAGAACCAAGAAGAAACUCUCUAAUAUUAAAACGGAAUGUGCAGUUAUCUAUUGCAGUAUUAACUUUAUACAUAAACAUAAUUUCAAUAUUUAUACCGUACCUGCAAAAUAUCAAAAAUGUUUCUGCAGCUAUCAAAAAUUCACAUCUUCAAAGAUUUUAAUGGCAUAGUUUAAAAAAGCGGCCAGUUAUUAACAUUGUGUAGGGCGUAUUCAUGAAGUUGCAUUUGUUGUCUCGUUUUAUACAUUGGACAGUUAAAUGAAAUGUUCUUGUCUCUAGCUUUAAAUUUUAAGGUGUCAGUAAAACUGCCUUCAACAAUGCUAUCUUGAACUUACAAGUAUCAAAAAUGCCAUCUGAGAUCUCAUGUCUCCCGCCAUGUUUGUGUAUGAAUGUCAUGUACUCUACCAGUUGUUACUAGGAUAAGGCAUUUAGCAGAUUCACUCACUGUCACUUUCACACACUUCUGAUUUCUGAUAGUGAUAUAUUCGUCUGCUGUGGAUGCACCGUAUUCAUAUAUUUAUUUUGUGACCAGUCAAAUCUUUAAUUUCAUAAACUGACUUUCUGCCCUUUUCAAACAAAAAUGCUGAAUGUAACAAAUAUAUCGAGUUGUUUUCUGGCAAGACGCCAGUGAUAACCCCCUGAAUACGUACUAGCGUAUCCUUUACACUAACAAGCUCUUACAUUAUUUAUGGUGCGGGUAUUCAACAUUAUCAUAUGAAAUCAUCACUAAACUGUGUUGUUAAAUAGUUGUUAGAAAGAAAUGUUAUGUAUUUUGUACAGGGCCCUGGUAAUUGUAAUAUUUUCCAACGAUUUGGCGUAGAAACCUAGCAGCUUUUGUACAACAGAGCCCUGGCAUGAUAUCGAUAAGCAUACAGUUAUAUGUAUUUAAAAUGAUCGUUGUACUAAUAUGCACAAGAUUAUUCCAUUGUAAACGUGUAUUUUCAAAAUGAUAUUUUUUAGCUUUUGCCUUCAUUGAUUUCAUUGUUUCUAUUCAAAUUUAGCAUUCAGUGUUCAUUAUUAAGACAAUUGAAUGCUAGUAAUGUAGUGGAUUAGAUUCUUUAUAUCCUAGUAUAUAUAGAUUUAUAUUUUUCCAAAUUACUUAUAGGUAGUACAGUAUAAGGAUUUAUUUAUCCGAGGAACAAGCAUUUAAUAUGUAUUCGGUAGGUGACGGUUGAGAUGCAGGUAGAUGUAGCAUGUGGUUUAGUAGGGUUGUAUGAAUAAGGCGGUUAUAUGAAAAAUAAAAAGGUAG